UGGGGCCCCCGUGCAAUAGGGGAUCAUGGGGCCCCUGUGUCCUUGCCCAAACUCAAAAAAGCCUAUGAAAAAAGGUACCAGGGGCAUCUCAUGGGUCCCCCUACUGACCCGAACAAAAUAGUAAAACACGCACAGCACACAGUCAACCCUUUGAUCGCCCCAGAUGUUAACCCCUUCCCAGGGGUGGACUGACCAUUUGGAAACUCGGGCACUGCCAGAGGGCCCGGGGUCAGUGGGGGGCCCCAUGAGAUGCCCCCGGUACCUUUUUCAUAGGCUUUUUUGAGUUUGGGCAAGGACACAGGGGCCUCAUGAUCCCCUAUUGCCUGGGGGCCCGAUGAGUUGUCAGUCCGCCCCUGCCCC